UUGAACAAGAUGUUACUCGGAACUGAAAUAUUCGUACCUCUAAACCUGCUGAUAUUUGUUUUAAUCAUUCGUUUGAAACAUUAUGAAUACCAAAUAUCCCGAGUCCGGGAGAUCCGGGAGAUGAAUGUCUCUAUCAAUGGGAGCAUAAUGUCCGUCCGAUUCUUACUUUUAUGGAACAGGUAGAUUAACAGCCAAAUUUCUGGUAAGCAAUGUUUCGUAGCUUCAAGAUUGGGUAGGCAUAGGACUUGAUAACUACAAUGGAGUCUAAUAUGGAUCAGACUACCGAAUCUAAAACAUCCAUUAAGGCCGUGCUGUUUGACCUAGAUGAUACAUUAGUGCUGACUCACACCGCUGACAAGGCUGCCCACCAGGCAGUCAUGGAGUUACUGAGCCGCCGCGAACAUCCCUUCCUUGAUCAGCAAGCCAUUAUCGAUGCAUUCGUUAAGGGCUUUAUUAAUCAGCCUUGGGAUCCCAAUCACCAGAUUGAUGUGACUGAAUGGAGGGCUCAGAUCUGGUGUAGGGCUCUUGAAGCUCAGGCUAUCCGUGACAUUGAGCUUGCAAGGGAGAUACAGCACUGCUUUGACACUACCAGAAUGGCUUCAUUCCAAUGGGCCCCAGAAGUAGAACAGAUUGUCCAAAGAAUAAAACUCAAGGGAAUUAAAGUGGGUAUCAUAACCAAUGGGCAUCCAAAGGUUCAGCGAGCAAAACUUUCAGCAUGCCGCGCAGAUGAGAUUUUCAACACAAUUCUUGUUGGUGGAGAGGAGGUUCAUCAGAAACCUCAUAAAAGCAUCUUUCUGAAAGCCUGUGAGCUUGUGGGAACCAGACCAGAGGAGUCCGUUAUGGUUGGAGAUAGCCUGAAAACGGACAUUCAGGGUGGUAUAAAUGCUGGUUAUCUGUCAACUGUGUGGAUCAAUAAUCAUGGUAUAGAUUACUCCCCACAUGAACUUGUGAAACCUACUUAUAUCAUCAGGAACUUUUCUGAACUUCCUCAGGUUUUAUCCCUUUAUUGACAUGAUAAUUUUGUUAGCACACUUUAUUCUUUUAUCAUGAUGUUCACCCCGAAUGGACCUGAUGGUGAAGGUGUGUGUACGCUCCAAAGAGGAGGUGCAAAUUUGGAUCCAAAUUGGGGUAGGGUGUGUACAACUUGUUGCUACAUGUAAAAGCAAUCUCAUACACAAAAUGAUUUCUCAUUUGGUACCAUGACGAUGACAAAAUGAUCUUUAACUUUUAUUUGUUGCUACAUGUAAAAACAAUCUCAUACACAAAAUGAUUUCUCAUUUGGUACCAUGACGAUGACAAAAUGAUCUUUAACUUUUAUAUUAUCGAAUCAUACAUGUAUUAAUUUUCUUCCAAAAAUCUUGAAUUUUGGAAAGAAGAUUGAUGUUACGGAAAACAAAUUUCACAACAACAAUGCAAGUGCAUAUAAGGUUUUCUGAUCUCAA